ACUCGGAACUCGGGAGAAAGUGCUUGGAUCACGACCCCUCCUUAUAACUGCGGCAAACAAUUUCGAAAUUGAACACUCCCCACCCCCACCCCACCCCGGCAGGCAGCAGCGCACACAAAGGCAUCUGGUGAAAUGGCGAAAGGCGAGAAGAAAAGCAAGGCAAAUGCCCCAGUAAACCCAGAAGCACAAGAACGUAACCGCCUCAAAAACCUGGCCAUUUCCAACAAUAUCCUCACCACUCAUGCUUCAACAUCUGAACCCCUCAAUGUUUCCAAAUUAGUAGCUAAACAUCACGGCACAGACAUACUCAAGAAGUCUCACCGCAAGAAUAAGUUUCUCUUGUCCUUUCCGGGCCUUCUCGCCCCUCUUUCCGGUGGUAAAAUUGGGGACCUUAAGGAUUUGGGCACUAAAAACCCGGUUCUCUAUCUUGAUUUUCCGCAGGGCAAGAUGAAACUGUUUGGAACUAUAAUUUUCCCGAAGAAUAGGUACUUGACCUUGCAAUUUUCAAGAGGUGGGAAAAAUGUCAUGUGUGAGGACAACUUUGACACCAUGAUUGUAUUUUCUGAGGCAUGGUGGAUUGGCAAUAAAGAUGAGAACCCAGAAGAACUUCGCCUUGAGUUUCCUAAGGAGAUGAACAUGGGACCACAUGCAGAAUGUGAUUUUAAAGGUGGUGCUGGUGCAGCAUGCAGAAGAAAGCAGACUAUAAAGCAAACUGGAAGUGACAAUAUAGCCAAAGGAAUUUCUAAAACUGAGUUGCAUGAUGAUCUAUCUGACAGCUCAAAUGAUCUCACCCAUUUGGAGGAUCAAAUAAUGUUGACUCCAAGUCGACAUUCAGCUAGGACUGCGAAAAAAUCUUACAAGUUUGUAGAAGCUUCUUCUGAGGAUGAUUCUGUUGAAGAUAUAACUGGAACAUCUGAGGGGAAGAAAGAAAUAGCUGAUCCAGAAUACUCGAAGACAAAAUGCACUUCCAAAAAGACUGAUGACUCGGACCCCAUGUCACAUGACAUAGACAAUGCAGAUGCUGCAGUGCACACUUCGGCUAAGUCAGUUACAAAGUCGAAGGAUAUCAGUAACAGCAAUAAAAGUUCUCUUGUUCAGGCUACCAUAUCUACAUUGUUUAAGAAAGUUGAGGAAAAGAAGGUGCCAUCAAAGAAACAGGAUUUAUCAUCGAAAGAAUCUGGCAAGAGCUUGCCUCAGAAAGGUUCAAAAAGGAAGAGUGAUCAAGUUCAAGGUCCAAAUAAAAAGAGAAAAGCAACUGAGGAAAAGAAAUCUGGUACGAAGGGUGCAGCAAGGAAGAAAAAGCUCGAGGAUGAAGAUGACAUUGAAGAGUUCUCAAGUUCAUCGAAGGAUGAUACAAUUGGAAGUGACAGUGAUUGGACUGCCUGAUAUCAAGUCACUUCAAAGACGACAAGAUGCUGGCACCAUAUUCAAGUUCAUCUACUAUCUACAUGCAGCUGCAGCGCUAUCUCAGUCUGUAUAUUCAUAUUUUGGUGCAACCCUGGAGCUACUUCGAUUGACUAACAUGGAAAUAGA